GUGACGUGAAGAGUUUGGUCCUGAUCGUGUUUGUGACGUGAGGGUUUAGUCCUGAUCUAGUUUGUGACGUGAAGAGUUUCGUUUCGUCCGAAACAAGCUGUAUGUAUCAGUGUGUUCAUUUGAAUGUGACCUGCGGGGACUGUUCCCUGUUAGUGAAGCGUUAGUUGGAGACUCGAGAUGCCGACCCUGACUGUGAAUGGAGUCACAGUGAAUUUCCCCUUCCCGCCAUACGACUGUCAGAAGGUCUACAUGGACAAAGUGAUUGAAUGUCUUCAGACGAAGCAGAACGGGGCUCUGGAGAGUCCCACGGGCACUGGUAAAACCUUGUGUCUGCUGUGUGCCACCUUGGCCUGGAGGGAGCACUUCAAGGACACCAUCUCUGCCCGCAAGAUAGCACAGAAGAUGGAUGGGGAGAUGUUCCCAAACACACCGCUGUCAUCCUGGGGAUCGGCUGCCACAGACGGUGACACACCAACCUACUACACUGAUGUCCCAAAGAUCAUUUACGCAUCCAGGACACAUUCUCAGCUGGCACAGGUCAUGAAUGAGUUAAAGAACACUUCAUACAGGCCAAAGGUGUGCGUGCUGGGGUCAAGAGAGCAGCUAUGUAUCAACCAGGAAGUGAUGCGUCAAGAGAGCAACCAUGUUAAGGUCCAUAUGUGCAGAGGAAAAGUCUCCACCAGAUCAUGUGUCUACUACAAUAAUGUUGAUGAGAAGAGCACUGACAAAGACUUGGCGAACUCUAUCCUUGAUGUGGAAGACUUGGUCAAAUAUGGCAACAAACAGAGGGCCUGUCCUUACUAUCUUUCACGUACCUUAAAGCAGCAAGCAGAUAUCAUUUUUAUGCCUUACAAUUACCUGCUGGAUCCAAAGAGCCGUAGAGCCCACAAUAUUGAGCUGAAAGGAGCUGUGGUCAUUUUUGAUGAAGCUCAUAAUGUGGAGAAAACAUGCGAAGAGUCCACGUCAUUUGACCUGAGUCCCUAUGAUGUAGCCUCUGCCAUUAAUGCUGUGGACAGGCUGCUGGUGGAGCAGGCUAAAGAAGCCAGCCACACAGAUGCUGUCACUGAAAACUUCAAUGUAGAAUCCCUCAACUCAGGUUUAAAAGUAGAUUUGGCCACCGUUGCUAAAAUCAAACAGAUUCUAUUGGAUCUGGAAGCUGCCAUUGAUUCCUAUGAUGUUCCAAGUGACAAAGGCAUCACUAAACCUGGAAUUUUCAUCUAUGAGCUGUUAGAGAGAGCUCACCUGACCUACAGCAGCAAGACAGCCGUCCAGGAAGCUCUGGAGCAGAUCAGUGGAUACUUAGCUGGGCAGACAGGAAUAUUCAUGAACACCAAUGGACUGCAGAAGCUGGCUGAUAUCAUACAGCUGGUGUUCUGUGGUGAGCCAUCAGAAAAGGACAAACAGCAGCAAAUGCAGUUGAACACCUCUCAUUUUAAGGUUCAUAUUCACAGAGAGACCAGCUCUCACAAGAAAAACCAGAGCUCUGAUGUGUGGGCGUCAUCCUCAUCAAAGAAACAAGGCAAUAUUCUGAGUUACUGGUGCUUCUCUCCUGGCUACAGCAUGCAGGAUCUGGUGAACCAAGGUGUUCGCUGCAUCAUUCUGACCAGUGGUACCCUCUCUCCUCUGUCCUCAUUCACCUCUGAGAUGAGGAUAAAAUUCCAAGUGUGUCUGGAGAACGGCCAUGUGAUUGAGCGGGACCAGAUCUUUGUUAGCGUCAUUGAACGAGGCCCAGAUGGUGUGCAGUUGAGUUCAGCGUUUGACAGAAGGUUUGUUCCUGAAAACAUGGCAUCUUUAGGCAAAACUGUUGCCAACAUGAGCCGUGUGGUUCCUCAUGGUCUCUUGGUGUUCUUUCCCUCGUUCUCUUUAAUGGACAAAACACUGGACUUCUGGAGAGAUAACGGACAUGCAGAUCGUAUUGAGAGCAUAAAGCCUAUGUUUGUUGAACCUAAAGGAAAGGGCAUCUUUACUGAGACUAUUGAUGGAUAUUACAACAAAGUCCGUGAUCCAGCAUCCAAAGGGGGAAGCUUCUUUGCGGUGUGUCGAGGGAAGGCUAGCGAAGGUCUGGAUUUUACAGACAACUUUGGUCGAGGUGUCAUCAUCACAGGCCUUCCCUUCCCUCCAAGGAUGGAUCCUCGAGUCAUCUUGAAGAUGCAGUACUUGGAUGAGAUGAGCAGGAAGAGAGCUCCUGGGCUAAAGUACCUGUCUGGGCAGGAGUGGUACAGACAGCAGGCUUUCAGAGCUGUGAACCAGGCCGUGGGUAGAGUUAUUCGCCAUAAGGACGACUAUGGAGCCAUAUUCCUGUGCGAUCACAGGUUUAAAAGCUCUGAAGCCCGAGCUCAGCUUCCAUCAUGGGUUAGGCCUUAUGUGCGUCUGUACGAUGGCUUUGGGAAUGUGGUCCGUGACGUCUCUCAAUUCUUCAGGGUUGCACAGAAAAUGAGGCCUGUAGUACAAAAUAAGACUGCUGCAGGGAAAUGUAGCACAGAGUGUCUAUCAGACACUCAGUCCUCUGGCUUCACUUCCUGCGCACCCACCCAAAGCUCCCACACACAGAAGGCUAAGGAGUUGGACAGCCACCUUCCCAGCCUGAAGAGGAGGAGGCUCAAUGAAAACACUGGAGCUAGUGGGAUGGCCAAAAUCUGUAUUGAGUAUGAGUGUGAGGUGCAGGAGAGUCAGAGGAGACCAGCCAACUUGUUGGACGCUCUGGAACGAGGUGACGUCCACGAUGGAGAGGAAGCUGAUGCUGCCGUGGGAGAGGAGAAGGCAAACCAUCUGUCCACCCUCUCUAUUAAACAUGACAAAAGGAUGGAAGACGAAAUGCGGGGAGGAAAACGUAAAAUCAAAUUGGUCCAAGAGCAGAAAAUCAGCGUGUCAGAGGAUGUGUGUGGGGAAAGUAGAGCCAGCAGAGCUAAGACGUUUCUGGCAGAGAUGAAGAAGUCACUGAGCCAGGUCAACUUCGAUCGCAUCGUGCAGGCGCUGCAGACCUACAAGAAGACAGACAACCUGGAUGUCCUGCUCACUGAGACAGCUGUCUUAACUGAGGACACCAACACUCACGGUCUGCUCCGUGGCUUCUACCAGUUUGUUCGGCCACAUCACAAGAAGACGUUCAAUGAGAGGUGUGUGGAGCUGACAGGGCAGGGCUGCGGAUACAAACCGGACCACUCACUGUCAAAGGAUGAGAAGAAGGUGCUGAUACUGCAGAGUGCCACAGGCCGUGAGCCUGCUGCGAGUCUAACCUCUUCCAGUGGGACGUCUACCUGCAGGCAGCUUAAUACAGAGCAGCUCAACAAAGGGGGACAUCACUUAAACCAGCAAGGAUUAAGAGAACCUGCGACUGCUUGUACUCCAAAGAAAGACGUCCAUGCUGCUUUUCUGGCUGAUGUGAAAAAAGCCCUGGGAGCAGAGAAAUCAGCUGAGCUCUUUAAGACCAUUAACAGCUACAAGAAGACAGACAACUAUGAGCAGUUGGUGACCACAUUGGUGAGCUUAUUUACAGAGAGAGACGAGGACUUCAACCUUCUAGUCCGAUUUGGCAUUUUUAUUCGCACCCACCAUAGGAAGCAGUACAAAGAGAUGGUGGAUGCUUUGAAAGGUCAGCCAGUGUGAAAUGCUGAUGCGCUGCUUUGAAUGAAGACCUGCAAAGACAAGCUUUCAAGUCCCUCACACUCAACAAAACCGUACUAUUAGCUGUUGUUUAUAGAACAAUACUGUCUGUUUCAUGUAGCCUUUUAAUUUGUUGCUUUUUGUCUCAGCUUGUCACCUCCUUUGAGAACUGGAGACAUUUUGUCCUCAGGCAUCCACAAAGCUGUUAGUGAUAUAUUUCUUCUGGCAAACUGGACUCUGUUUUGGGGAAGUAACUCAUCUGAAAAGUGCAUCUGGAUGUGUUGUGGUUGGGAAGUCCUCUGUACAUCACAGACUGAGCAGAUGAACCAGAUUUACUUUUGGAAUCAGCAUCGACAAGUGGCGUCUGUAACUCCUGACGACGCUCGACAGCAGUCCAAUGAUCCUGCAUUCUUCUCCAUCUGCCCAACAACGAAGAGGAGUAGAUCACUCAUUUAAAAGGUGUUUUGAAACAUGGGCUGUAAAGGUUUAUGAUUUAAUUGCAAGUCAAGCAGACUGUCUGCUAACACUAGGUCUUACAAUAAUGUAAUUAAAAGUGAACUUGUAAUAUGUGGUGGCAAUUUCUGUGAAUCAAGCACAAAUUCAAACACUGGACUCAUAGUACAAUCACCUGCAUGGCAUGUACAACUGAGCAAAGAACAGAGGGGAUUUCUGUGUCUUUAUACCCACAGGUCCUCUCCCAUAGGGUAUGUAAAGGUAUUUAUUACCCUCCUGGUUUCUUAUCAGGGUGGGACACUUCUCUUUGGAAGACCCCUGUUGUGGGACCCCAACCAUAUACAAUUAGGCCAUAAGAUUAAAGCCUUUUAGCACCAAUUGUAAAUCUGAAGAGGCCUUUAAGAUUAACAAUCUGGUCAACCUUCCACACACCUCUACUCAUGCUGUUCAUACACAAAUUACAGAAUUUCCAUGACAAUAUUAAAAAUUUAAAAUAUUUUAAAUCAAUUGAAUUGAAUGUAUGAAUUUAUUCAUGGCUCUGGUUUCUUUAGCCUGCAUUAUGCUACCUACUGGUUGGUUGAUGUUGGGUCAGACUUCAGACAGUCAUGUGUCAUGUUAACAUAAGCUUUUAUCAUUCAAUUAUUAGAAAAAACUGAUUUCAUUUGAUACAAUUACUACAAUAUGUUUUUAAAAUCCGUGUCACUUUCUAAAUUAGUUCAUACAAAUCCAAUGAACCCCUCCACUGUAAUGUUGCUAUGGUGAAGUAUCAACCAGAAAUCAAUGGUGGGUUCAUGUGGUGUUGGAAUAAUCGGAAACAUUUGUUUCCCUCUCCACCUCAAGCCAGAAAAAUUCGGAAGAGUUUUCGAGCUGCUAACGUCAUCACUUUUGAACCAAUUAACAUAAUUUAACAUUGCCUCUAAAUAGUAGCUUCUAAUAUCAACUUUUUAAAUGAUACUUUUGUCCCUUUCGAACUGUACGUCCAUCUCUCAUAAGAGCCCAAUACAGAUGUUUUAAUGAUCACAUUUAAAAAGAAAAAAAGGUGUAACAUCUUUUUUCAACAGCAAAUCUAAAUAUCAGAUACAUAUGCAAAAACGCAAAAAAUCAAAAGUGAGAGUACAUUUAAUUAAAAACAAAUUAUAAAUACAAUUAAAAUGUAAAGCAAAUUUAAUUAGUCUUUCCAUCUAGGGGCUAAUUGAGUGAUACUUCAGUUAUUUGUACUCUAUGAUUUGGGUGCUGCUUUUGACACAGCCGACCAUUGCAUUCUAUUGGAUAGGCUGAGGAAAUGGGUGGGAUUAACUAGUACUGCAAUGAAUUGGAUCAAAUCCUAUCCAUCAGACACAAAAGUCUGUGUGCAGUUAACAAUCAUAUGUCUUCACUUGCUGACUUCAAGUAUAGGAUAUCACAAGGGUCAAUUUUGGCACCGAAUAGGUAAUACUAUCCGGGGACAUUGUUGAGCAGUAUGUAACUAAACCUGUGCAAAUGUGUUUUUUUAACUGGGGAAUAUUAUUAGAAUUCAGUAUUUACAUGUUUUAAUUUCAUCAUGCCUGGAUUACUGCAUCAGUCUUUUUUACUUACCCUUGCUGGUGAAUCUGUAAAUCUCCUUCAGACAGUUCAGAACCCAGCUGCCAGGUUCUUAACCAGAGGAAACCGGUUGGAACUCAUCACUCGGGUUUUUGCCUCUUUACACUGGCUUCCACUACAUUUUGGAACAGGGUUUAGAAUAGGGUUAUUAAUGGUCAGUCUUCACAUAAUUGUGAAUCUUUUAUCCCAAUUCAACCCUGCUCGCUCUUUUAGAUCCUCUGUCAGGCCUUUAAUCUGUGGUCAGUUGAAGAUUGAGGGGGACAGACUAGAGCUUUAGAAAUAUGACAGUUCUGAGGCUCUGUUCUUCUUCUUGUUUCGGUUUAUUGGCGGGUGGCAACCAACAUCAUGUGCAUUACUGCCAUCUACUGUGUCUUAUGAGUGUUUCUUCGUUGAGACUGGAGCACUGCCUGAGUAAAUACAGCAGGCUGAGUGAGUUUCCUUUAAAUCAAAGCUUAACUUUCUUUUAUCAUAUUGCACCCCUCAUUGCAACCUCAUUCUAGUUUUUAUUACUGUAAUGGCAUGACAUUUUUGUGUUUUGUAAUUUUGAAAUUUAUUGUUAUGUUGAGUGUGUUUUUACUUGUUUUCUUUAUU